AUGUUCAAAAGAGACCGAAGUCAAUUUGAGUCCUCGGCAGUUAAAAAGUGGUCGGAGGAAGGAAAUCACCAGAACGGGGAUGAUAACGAUGAGAGUAAUCUAAUAUCAUCCACACUUGAUGAAAACAUUCGGGAUCAUGCUGCCAAAGAGUUGAAAAGAAUUAAAUUUCUUUCUCCUCCUUCUCAUGCAACUAUGAGUAUUCAGGAUCAUCAUGAAUUCAGCUCGGAAUCAUCCUUGUUUGAUGGUAUUCAUUAUGAAAUUCCUGCUCUUGAUACUGAUUUUAUUACUUGUGUUGGAUCAAAGGGAGGUGAUAUGUGUUAUUUGACUUUUGUAGAGGAGAUUCAUGAAGAAGAAACAUCCAAUCAAAGCAGAGAAUUCACAUUUGCUAGCAAGAACAUACCUGCCAAAAGGAUUUUGAAAACUCCAAUGAGUGAAUUGUUGGAAGAUGUACAACGAAUGAGAUAUGAAGAAGAGGUCAAGAAGAAGGCAAGAGCACAGUUGGAUUCUUCGCGUCAUGCUUCUACUAUUAUGGGUGACAUGAUGAAAGAUGAUGUUCCUGAAUCGAGUAGUAGUAGUAGUGGCAGCAACAUUCAUUCAAAACAAAAAUAUGAGCUACUCGUUGACAAGUAUGCUCCAACAUCUUAUUUGGAUUUAUUAACUGAUGAUAAAACAAAUGCUGAGGUACUGAAAUGGAUCAAAGAAUGGGAUCCUAUUGUAUUUCCAGAAACUGCCAAGAUGAAAAAAACCAACAAAUUAUCAACACAAGAAAAGCCAAAGAAUCCAUUAAUGCUAUCUUUUGGAGCAAAGAGCUCACAAAAAACAGCAAAAGAUGAGAAAAAUCCUUCGAACAAAUUCAAUUCAAAACCCUCAAACAAUGUCACCAAAGGCCCAGAUCAUCGAAUUUUACUCAUCUCAGGUCCUCCUGGAAUUGGUAAGACAACCCUAGCUCACAUAUGUGCCAAGCAGGCAGGAUAUGAACCACACGAGGUGAAUGCAUCGGAUGAUCGUUCUAAAGACAAGCUCAUUCCAGAAAUUCAAAAAGUAACCCAAAUGCAAACAGUGUUUGGUAGCAAAAAGCCGAAACUCUUAAUUUUGGAUGAAAUUGAUGGUGUGCAGAGUUCUGAAAACAAAUCAGUCAUUUCAGAAAUUUUGAACAUGACCUAUCCUAAAAGCAAAGCAUCAUCUCAAAAUGACAACAAUGAAAAUACGAACAAAUCGAAAAAGACCAAAUCAGGAGUGAAGGUAGAAAAGAAGGCCAAAAAGAAGAAGGAUCAAGGCAUCAUGAGACCUAUCAUUUGCAUUUGUAAUGACCAUUAUUCUCCUGGACUCAAAGAAUUGAGACAAAAAAGCAAGUUAAUCAUUUUCAGAAGAGAUGACUACAGAACUGACAAUACACAACGAAUUGUAGAUCGACUUGGUUUGAUCUUACGAAAAGAAAAUCAUCCUUUAGCCCAUGUGAGCAAACAUGAAUUGACACAAUUUGUAAAGGAUUCUGACAAUGACAUUCGUUCAUGCCUGAAUACCAUUCAAUUUAUGGGAUUCCAUAGAUCGAAUUCUACAAAAGAAUUAAUGACCAUCUCGAAAGACGUGAAAUCUGAUAUUUUCGAUGCCAUGAAUCUCAUCUUUAAAACCAAAAAGAUUGACAAAUCUUUAAUUUCAAAAUAUCAGGAAAACCGUAUUUCGCUCUUUAAUUCGUUUUCGAGCGAAUUGGACAAGUUUGAUUCUAUUUUGAAUGGAUGUUUUGAAAAUUAUUUAUCAUUCUGUUCUGGAAGUUCUAUGAAUGAAAUUGCAAACUUACUUUCAUUCCUCCAGUGGUCUGACAUGAUUGACGUUUCUUCCAAUAGAUAUCAAGAACGAUCUCUCCAAGUUUACAGAGCUGCUUCACUUGUGAAAUUCUUUGUGUUUUGCAAAAAGAGUGGAUUCGACUCAUCCAAUGACUUUAUCCAAUAUCCAAAACAGCAAGGAGAUGCCAAACGAGCAUUCAAUCACAAACAGAACGUUCUCAAGUCUCUAUUCUUGAAUUGUUUUGUCACAUCUCAAAGUCAUGAAUAUGCAAACAAGAACGAUAGUGAAACAUCAAGUUGUAAUUUCACAACGGCUUCAGUUAAAGACAUGGCCACUGAUAUAGUACCGUACUUGUAUCAGAUUCUCGAUACAAAAUGUUUAUCAGGUCUCAAUACUGGAGCUGCUCUUUCUUCUUUAGCUCAUUCUGGAAUGAAAGGCCUCAAACAAAUGAUCAAGAGUGAUCAAGAACGUCAAUCCUUUGAGGCCAUUUUGGAUAUUUGUUUAUCGUAUGGUAUUGGAGUGAAGCAGACCUAUGUGAAUGAGAAAUAUGAAAGCACAUUAGAUCCUCCUUUAGAUGAAAUUGCAUUCUAUCCUUUGAAUUCGUCAUUGAAUGAUGAUGGAGGUAGUGGUGGUGGUGUGAAUUUGAAAGGAGUUGUCCUGACCAAAAGUAGGUCUGACAUUGCCUCAUACUUUAAGAAACCAUCUUUCAACAACAAACAGCCCUCAAUAGAGAAUGGUCAUCCAUCGAGUCGACAUGUCUUGUCUGAUAACUUUAAAAAGAUACUCUCUUCGGCUCUUCACUUUGAAAAGAUAGAAAGAAAAUUUGGAAAGAAAGAUCAUAAGGAUGGCAAAGCAUCUUCCUCAACAACAGAUCUUGCCUCUCUCUAUGCUGCACAAUCUCCAAAACAAACAAGUGCACAAACAGUCAUGGAAUACAAAAAGAGAAGAAGGUCACAAUUGAAAGGAACAAUUACCAUGUAUUUGGAAUUUCAUGACGGUAUGACAAAUUCAAUUCGAAGACCUGCAAAGACUAGUGAGUUUUUGUAG